AUGACGGCCCUGCGCCGUGGCUUAGAAUGGCCCUGUAACCACUGUCUGAAGCGUAAGGUGGCGGACAAGUGUCGCUUUGCCCUUCCCGCAGCGAACGCACCGGUCGAGACGUGCAAGCGUCAGGCCAGCCCAGAUGAAGUCGACCCGGCGGUCAUUCCUCCCGCUGCCGACUUCCAACCCGGAACUUUGGGAUACCAUACGGCGAACCUGCUCGCCAGUCUUGGUCUCGAAGACAAGGCAAGCAUGCCUGUGCUCCUCAAUCAGCUGCAAAUCUCUGCUGGUUUGGCUCGUCCCACCAUUGUUAACUGGUCCGCGGUCGAAGUUGUGCUGCCUGCUCUCACAAUGGAAGCAUUCUCACCAUCACCAAUGCUGCAUAUGAAGAUCCAAUCUCAACUCAUUUCGCAGUUGGCCGUUAAAUUUCCGAAUGACAAGGAAAAUUUGGAGCCGAGCAAGAUUCGCCAAUACCAAACCAUGGUAGAGGCCUGGGCAAAAGCUUUCCCCCAGGUCUACGCCUUUGAUAACCCGGAUACAGCUAAAGAUGAGACGAACCCUUGGAUCAUCUUCAACCGUUUCUACCUCUAUACAAUGGCAUACUUUUUGCUUCUCGCUUCUAUUCGGCCCGUGAUGCUCAAAGGAUAUACCUCUGCUCUGUCGGAAGAGGAGCAAGGCAUCUGUUGUGAUGGAAUCAAAUAUUGCGCCAAAAAUAUCAGAGUGGCAGUUCUUUGGGCUGACCAUGUCGACCGACACGGUGGUGGUUAUCAUUUUAUGAUAAGCUCGGUUUUUGAUACAGUUGUCCUCCUCUGUACAUGCAUCAUGAAGGACGUGGACAAUACUAUGGCGAAGAAAGAUGAAAUGUACGACGAACUCGACAAUGCGGUGUCGUUAUUUGGUCGACUGGCACAUACCUCUUCAAUCGCAAAGUUUGCCUUUGGUACUGCUUCUCAGCUGGUACCGAAGCUACAGCGCCCUAAUACAUCGCACAAACCACAAAAGAGACAAAAGACGAAUGCGAAUGCGGUCUUGCCAAAGCCAGCUACCUAUGAGGCGAGUGGGCUUUCUACUGCUCCAAGCCCAGGGUUGGCCGAAGAAACAGGCUCAGAAACGUCACCGGAACAGCUUAGCAGAGAUGACUCCACGCCGGGGAGCAUGUCGGAUGACUGGCAAGGCUCUACUGACAGAGGGACAUCGUCUGCCGGUGACCCCAGAGCAGGCCUUGGCACCAUCGACGAGUCGCUGUCCCCUUGGCCGACGGACAGCUAUGAUGAGCCGGCAGCUGCGGAGGAUGCAAAUGCUCUUGGAGUAGACUUUCAAUUUAUGCUGGAGCAGCAAGAAACGGAUGAACCUGCGAACCAGACAGUGCAACUUGAUGACUUUGCGGCGUUAUGGGACUGGGAAGCUCUGGGUCUUGGGACAUAUCCGCUGCAAAAACACGCGGAUUUUGGAGCUUAG